CUGUUGAGAGAAACGACACUGAAAUGGCCAGAACCAAGCAGACCGCGCGUAAAUCCACCGGAGGAAAAGCUCCCAGGAAGCAGCUGGCCACCAAGGCUGCCCGUAAGAGCGCCCCGGCCACCGGCGGAGUGAAGAAGCCCCACCGCUACAGGCCCGGUACCGUGGCUCUCCGAGAGAUCCGCCGCUACCAGAAGUCCACCGAGCUGCUGAUCCGCAAGCUGCCCUUCCAGCGCCUGGUGAGGGAGAUCGCUCAGGACUUCAAGACCGACCUGCGCUUCCAGAGCUCCGCCGUCAUGGCUCUGCAGGAGGCCAGCGAGGCUUACCUGGUCGGCCUCUUCGAGGACACCAACCUGUGCGCCAUCCACGCCAAGAGGGUCACCAUCAUGCCCAAAGACAUCCAGCUGGCCCGACGCAUCCGCGGAGAGAGGGCUUAAACCCCCCCCACACCUCUUUACACCACAACGGCUCUUUUAAGAGCCUCCUCACUAAAGCUCAAGAGCUCCUUCCUCUGAUCAUGAGAACAAUCAUAUAUUACAGUUCAAUCAAACACUGAUGAUCACAUCACAGCAAGAAAAUGGGUCUUCUUCACAUCAGGCUGCUUACAAUAUUGGAAACUUCUUGUUUUGAACAAAUGAUUUGCUUCAUUUUCAAGAUUUCUCUUAGAAUCAAAGUGUUAAAGUAAUAACUGGCUACUACAAGUUAAUUAAAUAUAAAAACUGAACAAACUGUAUUAGAGGACUCCUGAAAGAGAGAACACGACUAAUAAACUACAUUUUUACUGCA